GAAAUCCGUAGGGAUAACGCGCGUCACACAGUUAAAUCAAACAUUUUAUUACUUAUAUUUAUCAAAAUUUUGUAAAUAUAGUUUGCGAACAUAUUUAUUCUUUUGUAAUUAUAGUGUUCCUCAUUAAUAAUCGAAGUACUUAAUUACAUCACAUAUAUAUAUAUAUAUUUGUGUAGCUGUGGGUGUGGAGGGAUACGUGCGUAUAUUUGAAUGUGUGCACGCGCGUGUAUAAUAUAUAUAUAUAUAUAUAUAUAUAAUAAAUAUAUUUAUCAGAUCAUGUCGGCAAAUAUUCUUCGAUCGCAAUAUCGUAGUAAUGAAUUAAAGAAUGCCGCAAAAGAAUGCGUGUCUACAAAUAAAGAAAAUAUGCAAGUGCAAAAAGGUAACAGUGUUGCCAAAGAUAAAAAUGGGUGUAAAAACAACAAAGGAUUAUCGUUAAAAACAAAAUAUUCUCUGCCAAAUUCUACAACACAAAUGCAAAAGUCUUUUCUGGGUGAAACCAAAUUCAAAAUUCAUAACGAUAAUGAGGAACAUUCCAGAUCACGCCCGCGCGUGCGAAAAGAUAUAUGCCAUACGGCCAUUUCAUAUAGAGCACGUUCUUCAAGCAACUGCCGAAAUAGAGUUUCUUCAGAUAAAAAAGACAAUAUAAACAGCAAAUUAUUUCAGAGAUCUCGUUCUGAAAGUAGAAACAUUCCGCCGCAGAAUGCACAAUGCGUUAGAAGAGUAUUGUCACACGCACAUAUUCCAAAAACCAGACAUCUUUCAGCUGAAGUUAAAAGGCGAACAUUUACAAGCAUUGAGAUGUGGAAAGACAAAAUGAGGAAACCAUACACCGGUACCGUGCCUAAGAACUUGGCGGGCAAAUAUCCUAAUGUACUAAAUGUAGAUCAAAUCCAUACUAAAAUCAAGCAACGAAAAAGUUCUAUCGCUGAACCUACCAAAAUUCUAUUUCAAAGAUCAUCGAAUCUUCAAUCCGAGAUAGAUCGCAAGCAAAAUCAAAAUAUCAAGGACUCGACGUUUUCUUGGGGGACUGUAAUGAAAUGUUUACCAAGCGAAGAUGUGCCAAAUCUCACAAACGAGAUCGCUAAAAAUGAUGAACAAAAUUAUCGAUUGAAUAUUAGAUUUGGAGCAAACAUUCCUAGGACUUCCAUAACACCUCUAGAUAGUUCUUUGCUUCCAUUAAUAACUCCGACAAAGGUUCGUUACUUAAAACGUGAGGAGGCGCAUUAUAAUGACAAAUUAUCAAUCAAAAAAGAAGUCCCCGAAGAUAUUUAUCCGUACGAGUAUGAUUAUUUGGAAGAUGUGCCACAUAUGGAACGCGAAAGGGAAGACAAUGCUCCCAAAUUAUCUUUUCGUUUUCUGAAGCAAAGCGUAAACGCAGAUCAAAGAAGAAUUAUCGUAGGAUAUUUGAUUCGUCUUGGAGUACACUGCCAGUACUCGUCGAAUAUUAUUUAUCAAACUGUCAAGUUAUUCGAUAUCACUAUUGACAGAAUUUUGGUAGAAACUGAUAAUAUACAAUUAAUGGCUUUAGCGUGUCUGUGGAUAACUCUUAAGCGAGAAUUAACUAGUUAUAAAAUACCAUCGGCGACUACAAUAGUGAAAAUGGCAAAGGAUUUAUAUAUAAACCAGGAGAAAAAUUUAUUAAUCUAUGAGAAGAAGAUUAUUUCAGCUGUUAAAUUCAAUUUUAGAUUUGCCGAUCCCUACUCAUUGCUUUUCUAUUAUAUACUGGAUGUGACACGAGAUAAGAAAUGUAAUAUUAAUUCAAGCGACAUCCCAUGCAUUUACUUUUGCGGUAGUUACUUGCUAGAUAUAUCUAUGUUAGAUGAAAAUUUAUGUGAUCGAUCAGUAUGUGUUCUGGCCAUUGCUGCGGCUGAAUUAUCACUUUACUCUGUAUAUUCUGAUAAUACUAAUAUGCAUAAAUGGUGUAAACUACGGAGACGCAAAUAUUCGCUCACAGAAUGUGAAGAGAUGGCGAUGAGUUUUACAAAACAGAGUAUAAUACAACAGGCUGUAGAAUCUGAUAAAUUUGGUUCAAAUAUUGUAUACAAAAAAUAUUUGCGUACUAAACACGGAAGAGUUUCCAAUUUUCUUCUUGAUAAAAUGAAGAAAGCUUUUAUACCUAGAGACACUAAUAAAUUGUAAUAUAAGCUUUUUUAUGAAAGAUUAUGAUAUUAAAUAUUAAAUUUUAUAAACAUUUAUU